AAUGAAAUGUGGAUAUGUUUUACAAUAUGUCAAAUUGAAUUCGAAAUCUGGUUUCAUUUAGCAGAAUUCGAAAAAUGUGCUUUAUAAGGAAUGGAGGUGCAUUAUGUUCGAACCAUCGAUUGGGCUGCGAUCUGGGCAAGUGCUUCCAAAGACUGACAAUCGGCCAACGUUAUUGCAUCCCUGGUGGCGACUGUCCAGCCAAUUUCCAACCAGAUUGUCCGAACAAUAGUCCCAAUGGGAUAUCCGAAAAAACAAAGUGGAUGUGGAGAAAUCGGGUGUAUAUACCGGAGAAAAGAAAUCGGGAAUUUCGAGGAUUGUCGCACAAGGAUUAUUGGGAUGUGAUCUUUGAGUUCCUCUACUCCUUGACCUUGCAGAACUUUGGGAAGGUGUUGAACCCUCAAGGUCAUGCGUGGAACUCCUGUCGUGUGCCUCUAUCGAAUUUCGAUACUUGCGAUUAUUAUAUGGGCAUCUUCGAUUGCGAUGGGAAUUUGAGGAAUCCAUAUCAUCCAGAAGCGUUGCUCAAAUUGUUAUCGGUCAUGCAAUUGAUGCUGAAGGGGGAAAGAAAAGAGGAUAAAGGAGCAAGGCCAAAAAUCGUUGAUUCAAAUUCGAUUCCUGAAAUAAACCCCAAGCGAAAAUCUCCGGCAUUUAAUCGGAGAAUCGCAAAUAAGGCAGGCAUCGGACCCGAUUCCUUGGCCCGGGCAAACGGACGUAGACGGCGCUUUAGGAUGGGCGAAAAGUACCGUUUGGAGGGACCUAGGGGAGAGGUAAAUCCCCUCUUUGCUCAAAGUACAUGGAAUUGCUAUAGCAGACGCUUUGCACGGAUCUUUGGUCCAAUUGCUAACAAAUUGGGAACUUCUGAAGGUUCAAAAUCCAGCACAAAUCUUCAAGUUGUUAGCAAGGGGACCAAAGUAUUUUGCGAGACGGAUUCUCCUCUUGAAAAGAGAGAAGAAAGGGCAACAAAUCAGGAAAAGAAGAGAGAACUCGACAAGCUGUUAUAUGGAGAAAAUGGUGAGUUUGCCAGCGAUGGUGGUGAGUUUGAAGACUGUCUUCGGCGCAGGGAAUUGAUGAACUUGAUACAGAGCGUUAAGCAGAAAACAUCGAUUCAAAAGGAUGUGAAUUCUUUGAUAGAUGCCGUGAAGAAUCUUGAUCUGAAAAUGGCCGUAAAAAACGACGGUGCGUUAGCCAAAGGAAUAUCCCAUCGAUUAUCAACUGAUUAUUAUAGAAUGGCGGCCAGGAAUAAUCUAAAUACCAAAUCCCAAAUUCCAAAUAAUGAAAUCGGACGAACAGGAUUUUUGGAGCCCGCAGAAUUGGAAAAUAGACUUCCAUCCGUGAACCGUGAAUUAUUCGAUCAGACAUCUUCAGGAAAAAAGACCUCUAUUGGUGUUCCUGAUGAGCAAUCAAACAGAGCUCGUUACUUUUAUGGAGCACAAGUUCCGAUAUUACUUCAUGAACCCUUUGAUCGCACCAAACCAAAAACCUGGAUUCGUCGUCAUCCAAAAGCGAGCCGAAUGAACGAAAGGGACGAAAUCGUCGAAGAAGGCGUCAUUCAUCGAUAUAAACGACAGACGGUUCGAGGGCAACUUGACAAUGCCCGAAGAGAUGUCUCCGUUCACACUGUGUACAGUUCGGACGGCGCUAUAAGUUCACCGAAACCUCUUUCCGAGCCCAAAAAAGCACCCAAGAGGAAAAUUCAAAAGAAACCGUAUUAAUCGAUUUGUAAUUUUGUUGAUGAAACCAGUCAAAAUUAUAACCAACUCAAGUGAAAAGAAAAUAAAAAGUUUUCAACAAA